AUGACUCAAGCUGAUCCGUAUACAUCCAACAAGAGAAACUAUUAUUACAACUCCUUAAAGGACGAUUUGAGACCCAUCAAUACCAACGGUAUUGAUAUGAACGACUCUCCUCAAUCUUUUGAUUAUCCAUCUUCUGUCCACCACGAUAUGCCAACUCGAAAACCUCGUAUAGAUGCUGAUAUGGAGCACCAUUUUUCUCGAUCCAGUUCUGCUCUGUCUGAUCGUGCGUAUUUCUCUUAUCCUCAACAACACGUUUCUUAUAAAGUCAGGAGGGUUUACAACUCCCCGCUUUCACAAUUUGAAAGUGGUGGAUAUCAUAAGGAUCAAAGCGAGUUGGUUCAGCCUGGCAUUGAGGAUAAAAACCGGCAUGGUUCUCUGGAAAUGUCUCAAAGAACUGAUUAUAAAUCCUAUCCACCAGUUUCAGCAAAAAGCACGGAUUACUCGAGCACAAUAUCGGAGACGACAUCAGGCUUUAUUAUGCGUGAGCCCACUCCCAUGUCACCCUCUCAAACGAGAUUUCAGACACAACAAUCAACAAUGGAUACAAACAGUUGUAUUUAUCCCUCGUCACAACCGACACAACAAUUGAUGAAUUCACAUCCAACCAUGUCAAAGAGACCCAAUAGCAUGGUCUCAUUUCCAACUGACCGUUCACAUUUUUCUAGUGUACCUGCAUACUCAUACUCGGACCAUCAGCGCUCACAGUUAUCACCCGAGAAAAGACCAAUACUAUCUCCACAGUUAAACACUCGAUCAAAACACUCUCAUAUGGCUCAUCCUACCAAUAUGGCUUCAUCUACAAGGCGUUCAUCGUUAUACUCUACUGAUCCAUACUCCUCCAACUCUUUGCCCCAUAUCUCUCAGCCAUCACCAUCAUACUUGGCAGCACAUCAACCACAAAGAGAAGAGUACUAUCAAAACGAGUCUGACUCGAGAUACUUUUCACCUCACUCUCCUCGUUUCCAAGUGUCGAAUCAAUACGAGUCGCGAAAAUACCAUGCUUCAGAUGACUAUCCUCAAUCGUACCAUCAUAGUAUAACAGAGUCUCAAUCCUAUUCGCAUGCUCACAUGUCACAUCCAUCUUAUGUGGAUAAUCGAUCACCGCUGCCACCUCGGCAGCAUUAUCAACCUCCACAUUGCGAAGCCUUGCCUUACAAUCACUUUCCUCCUUCAUAUUCACAUAAUGCUGCCCACCAUAUAGAGGACCAGCCCCAUGAUUGGAAUAUGCAACAGCGUUAUCGCCAUAGUCCUCCAAAUUCACACCACACCCACCUUGAUGAGCAGCCCAUCGUUUCUUCCCAAGCAUAUUCACAUCGCAUAUAUCCCAACCAUACUCAACACCCUAGUCAAAAGCCCUACUCGAAAUCACAGAUGCAUCCUUACGAAUAUACGUCUCAAAAGUACGAGCCCAAUCCUUUGCUACUUAAAAGGCAGGCACACUGCAAAUGGACUGCUAAAUCUCCCACCAGUACACUACGUAGAAAACGCACAGAAUUUGAAGACAGAUCUACUCUUGACACUCCCCGCUACAAGUGUGAGGCAUGUGAGACCACACAUAGUCCCGAGUGGCGUCGUGGACCACAUGGACGCAAAACCCUUUGCAAUGCAUGCGGACUUCGAUAUGCACGUAUUAUUUCCAAGCGCAAAGAGAUUAGUGCUACGGUUGCUGCCGAGAGGUCCGGCAGUGAUACCAGUGGCGUUUUUUCCACUACUUCUGUCAAGGAUAUCGUUACUAUUACUAGUGGCUAG